AAGCCCAUUUUAAAGGCCUUUUUGUUGGAAUCGAAAACGCGAGCCACGUGCACCUGGUUCCGCCCUACCAACAUCCCUGCCGUGAACCGUCGGCUCCCCGCUGUUGCAAACCCCAUCGGUCCCUCGCCGGGAUAAAACCCCGGACGAGAACUGCUACUUCCGGAUUUUUAGAAUAUCAUUUCGAUCGGAAUAUAUAUUUAUAUAUAUCUAGCUCCGUUUUGCUGUAGAACUAUUUCAAAUUCCUUCGGAGCUUGCGUUGAAGGAGAAAAAGUAGAACGAUGGAAACCUCAAAAGACCCAGAGGCCCCUAUCUUUCUCGAUCGCGGCUCUCGAGCGACACGAGGAAAGAGGAUGACCAAGUUGCUGGACGAUGAAGUUGAGGAGGAUGAGCUGUUCUGGAACCAGGAAGCUCUUAAAGAGGAAGAGAACGAUAUUAAUUAUGAAGCAGAGCCAGAGGUUGCUGACGAGUUUGAUAGCGACUUUGAUGAAGAUGAGCCCGAGCCCGAUGAAGAAGUAGAUAACGAUGCGGAUGACAGGACGCGUAAAAAGAAGAGAUUAAUAUUCCCAGGGAAACCUGUACCGAAAAAGAAAAAGAAAAAGAAAGACCUUUCGAAGUUAGAGGCCGGUACCAAGGAUGAAAAACCAACUCAAAAGUCGGCCUCGCCUGAACACCACGAUGUCCCUGAUGACAACGGAGAGAGAACGGUGAGGAAAUCUACUAGAACUUCGGUCAUUGUUAGGCAAGCUGAGAGAGAUGCAAUACGUGCAGCUCUGCAAGCAACAAUGAAGCCAAUAAAAAGGAAAAAAGAAGGUGAGGAGAAGAGGAUGACACAAGAAGAGAUGCUUUUGGAAGCAGCUCAAACAGAAAUCAUGAACUUGAGGAACUUGGAACGUGUUUUAGCAAGGGAGGAAGAAGUUAAGAAAAGAGCAAUUGUGCAUAAAGCCGUCUACAGUGGUCCACAGAUACGAUAUUAUUCAAAAGAUGGUUCUUCAUAUUUAGAAUUCAGUAAAGGAUUGUCAUUUCAGUCAGAGAUUUCUACAUUGUCUGUUCCAUAUCCAGAAAAAGCUGUAUGUGCAGUUACUGGUUUGCCUGCCAGGUACCGCGAUCCAAAGACAGGGCAACCUUAUGCAACAAAAGAAGCUUUUAAAAUAAUUCGCGAGCGUUUUGCUGAUGAAAGCAGUGGGGUCCCAAAGGAUAUGAACAUGGGGGACUUGUUUGAUUCAUUAUCUGCGAAAGGAUUUUCAGCCAAGCGGAAGAGAUCAGUAACAUCAAAUAAAAGUGAAGUAUCAUAUUUUCGAUACUUGGCCCGUUUCCGAAGAAUUCCUGCUCUUGAAAGCGACAGUUAUGCAGAUGAUGAUGAGUGAAACUUAAAGAUGCGACAUUUCAUGAAAUUAUAACAUUGACUUGUUUUGGUGACUGCUCCAAUUUUCUUCUUGGGCGUAUUUAUUUUAGGAUAACGAGAUUUCGCAUUUGAUAGAAGCUCUUGUAUAAACACGUCUUAGAGGUAAUACAUUUGAACAGUAGUUAAAAAGUCCUUUUUAUUAUUAUAAAUUUUUUUUAUUCGUAA